AUGGCGGAAAUGCAAAAUUCUAAUCCCACCAUCCUCAACGCCGCAGAUCUCCCCACGAGAUCACGGUCCACAGAGAAGAAAACAGGCGACUAUGCACUCGGUAUAUUCGCCGCAGUCCCCAAGCCAACAGACUUUCUCUCGUCCGAUUCAGAGGGAGACGAAGAUCUGCUGGAGGAGCCAAUCGACGAACAAGAGAUCUACGACCUAAUCAAAUCCAUCUCCGACCCAGAACACCCCCUCUCCCUCGGCGAACUAGCCGUCGUCUCCCUCCCAGAUAUUUUCAUCAAACCAACCCUGCCGAACGUCCCCUCCUCGCCACUCCAAACAGUCACCGUCCUAAUCACUCCCACAAUCACCCACUGCAGUCUCGCCACCGUUAUCGGACUCGGAGUCCGAGUGCGACUAGAGCAGUCCCUCCCGCCACGGUUCCGCGUAGACGUGCGGAUUAAGGAGGGGACUCAUAGUACCGGCGAUGAGGUCAAUAAGCAACUUGGUGAUAAGGAGCGAGUUGCGGCUGCGUUGGAGAAUGGAGCUUUGAUGCAGGUUAUCGGAAAGAUGAUGGAGACGUGCCAAUGA